AUCAAAAUAAAUUUAAAAUGGAAUCUUGAGACCGCAGAUCAACCUGUCACGAAUCCUAGCACGAUGGCGGGCCAUGACAUGGAAGAUGACCCCAAAUUAAAGGGAAUUUCUCGAUAUUUCAACAGUCAAACCAUACGAGGAAGAGCUAACACUGCUAAACUAACGUGCGCACUCAUCGCUCUUUACUAUUUAUAUCGAAAAACAAGGUAGAAUGAAAAUUAUGGCAGUGACAAAGGUGGAUGGCUGGUGGAGAUUCUGCCGAAGGCGCCAACCUCAAGGGCCUGUCUAAGAUUUUCAACAGUCAUACAUAUAAUGGCAGAGCUAACACAGCAAAGGCUACAUACGCAUUCUUUGGUGUUGUGAUAUUGUACAAUAUCCUUAAACCCAAAUCCAAGAAGUAAUCAGAUUCAUAAAAUUUAUUUAUUGUUUUAGUAUCUUUCCACAGUUAUGUUUUGUUAAGAGCAAUGUACAAUCAUUUAGGAAUUAAUAAAAUUGUGUAAA